AUGACUCAAAUUAACUACUUAUAUAUUAUAUGUAUUAUCUAGUAAGGAACUAAUUUGAGGUGAACAGUUCAGUGUGUGAAGUUAGACUGUGAAAGUGAUCAUGAUGCAAAAAAUUAUAUAUAUUUUGUCAUUAACUUUUGUUUGUUCAUAUGGAGGUACAUUAGACUCAACUGUCACAAAUUCUGCAUCGGAAAGAAUUAUAAAUGGACAAAACUCCACACAUCAGGAGUACCUGUAUGCGGUCUCAAUACAACGUAUUAGUGGAAAUGUAGCUGAACAUGCGUGUGGUGGUGCGUUGAUCACAUACCGACAUGUCUUGACAGCUGCUAGGUGUACCUACAGUAUCGGUAGUGCAGGGAAUGUGAUACCAAUUGUUACAAGUGAACUUCGAGUAUUCGCAGGCGCGGAUUUACUUACAAAUACUUCAAAUGACAGAAUAAGGAAUGUAGCAAACUAUACUGUGCAUCCAAAUCAUAUAGUCCAGCCAUCUCAUGUCAAUGAUAUUGCUAUUCUCAAUUUAAUCGUCCCGUUUCCAGAAACUGUUGUAAGACCACUGCCGUUAGCGGCUGCUAACUCAACCCCUGCCGACUUCACUGUGUGCUCUGUUGCUGGUUGGGGUGCACGAACUGUCGGAUCCACAACACCUUCCGCUGUACUACAAAUUUCUUCUACAUAUAUUUACAAUCAUGAUACAUGCGCGGCCAUAUUUCAUAGUGUACAGAAUUUGGGAAAUGUUUUACCUACCAUGAUAUGCGCAGCAAAUUUUAAUGCCCUUGCUGCGAAUUGCGAUGGUGAUCAAGGUAACGCGUUAGUAUGUGAUGGCGCAUUAACUGGAGUAUUAUUUUUACCGACCGAUUGCCUAAAGGGUGUUUCGAUAAAUCCAGUAAUUCCAGAAAUAUACACGAAGGUUUCCAAUUAUACAACAUGGAUACAAAGCGUCACAUCUUCCUCAUCGGCUCUAAAGUCAGAGAUUUUCGCUGUAUUAAUACUAACUAUAUUUCAAGGGAUUUUUAUGAAAGUAGCAAAUUAAAUUGGUUAAUUUUUAUUCAGGUUUAAAGUUAUUACUAACAUAGUUAUUAAAUUUCUUAAUCUAAUCUAACAUAAUUGAUGGAACAAAGUAAUUGUUAUUUACCUUGUAAUAAUCUAGGUAAAUCCCCAUUUAAACAUUAUUUUUAUACGUGAUAUUAACUUGAUGUAAAAAAAUAAAUUAUAUAGUUUUGAUAAGAUACUUAAGAUACUGUUUGUAGAAUUACGGCUUAUUUAUUUAUUUUUAUUUAACUCUAUUGCACCAAAAACAAAACAAUAAAUAAUGGCAUAUACACAAUUAAACUGAAAUACAGUAGCAUGAAGUACAGGUUAAAAUAUACAAUGUAAAGAUACAAAAGGCGGUCUUAUCGCUAGGGUAAUCUUUUACAGACAACCUUUGGCUAAACGAGAACAUAUAGAAGUGGGUAGAUGGCGCAAGAGUGAAUUAAUAAUUUUUACGCAUAAUGCACAAAAACAUCACAUACAUAUUGUUUAUUAGACUACUUAUUAUAACAAAUAAUAUAUACUACAUAUAAAUAUAUACAUGCUAUGUAUACACACUAGGCUUAAUACUGUAAUUUUUUUUAUUUCGCCAAAUUCUAAUAAACAUUUACUUGAUUUCAGA